GCUGAAUUACUCGGAGGAGAAAGGCAGGAGAGAGACAGAAGGCAAGGAGCCCAGGACAGAAGCCUACGUACAGAUGAGGAAACUGAGGCUCAGAGAAGACAAAUCACUUGGCCAAGACUCCAUGGCUAGAAUGUUGUACAAAUGGAUUCAUACUGCAGCUGGGAGAGAAAACUCAUGUCCUUGUUUCUGUUCAGCUCCACAUCAGUAAUGGAACCAAAUGAAACCUUCAGCUUCAGGAACUGCACAAUUGAAAACUUCAAGAGAGAAUUUUACCCAAUCACAUACCUGAUUAUAUUUGUCUGGGGAGCCUUGGGAAAUGGCUUGUCCAUAUAUGUUUUUCUGCAGACUUAUAAGAAAGCCACAUCUGUGAAUGUCUUCAUGCUCAACCUGGCCAUCUCAGAUCUCCUAUUCAUAAGUACUCUGCCCUUCAGGGCUGACUACUAUUUCAGAGGCUCCAACUGGAUAUUUGGGGACCUGACCUGCAGAAUUAUGUCAUAUUCCUUAUAUGUCAACAUGUACACCAGCAUUUAUUUCCUGACUGUGCUGAGUGUUGUGCGUUUCCUGGCCACUGCUUACCCCUUUCGGCUUCUCCAUGUCACCAGCAUCAGGAGUGCUUGGAUCCUAUGUGGGAUCAUAUGGCUCUUUAUCAUGGCUUCCUCAGUGAUGCUGCUGAAGAGAGGCUCUGAGCAGAAGGGCAACCUCAUAGCAUGCUUGGAGCUGGAUCCCCAAAAACGUAAUAAGCUGCUGAUCAUGAACCACAUUGCCUUGGUGGUAGGCUUCCUGGUGCCAUUCUUCACACUCAGCAUCUGUUACCUUCUGAUCAUCCGGGUCCUGUCAAAGGUGGAGCUCCCAGAAUCAAGUCUGCAGGCUUCUCACAAGAAGGCGGUGACCACCAUCAUCAUCACCUUGAUCAUCUUCCUCCUGUGUUUCCUGCCUUAUCACUCACUGAGGACCCUCCACCUGGUCACUUGGAAUGUGAAUUCAUGUGGAGACAGGCUGCACAAAGCUGUGGUUAUCACACUGGCCUUGGCGGCAGCCAAUAGCUGCCUCAAUCCUUUUCUCUAUUACUUUGCUGGGGAAAAUUUCAAGGAUAAAUUAAGGGCUGUAUUCAGAAAAGAUCAUCUGCAGAAGGCAAAGACGGAGCGCAGCUUUCCUAUUUGUGUGUGGCUGAAAACAGAAACGAGGGUGUAAAUUCUUAGAUGAGGCUCGUUCAUGGACCUUUGUGUCCACCUUCCUUCACUCAGUCUCCAAAUGACUUUGUAAUUACAUUACCCUUGACAAAUGUUAUUGACCAUGGCUUUUGUUAACAAGACCUACUUAGGACAUUUCAUUGGGUGUAUUUUCAGUGGCUGAGUCUAAAUGAGGGAUAUAGGAGGAGAAACCCCCUAGUAGAGUCUUGCAUGCUGAAAUGUCAGACUGGAGGAAAAAAUGUCAAGCACAGUGGAUCCUGCUUUUCAUCAAAUUCUGAACCGGAUCUCUGACCCACCAGGCAUUAUAAAUUCUUAAUUUUAAGACAUCUCGAACUUCCCCAGCAUAUCCAGCUCCCCUUCCCUAUUAAUCCCUUGAGAUACAGCCCAUUAACAAAUAUACCAGAGAAGAAGCCUUUCCUAAGAAUUCAGGCAAAGAGACUGGGCACAGUGCUGCAUGCCUGUAAUUCCAGAGGUUCUGGAGGCUGAGGCAGGAUCACGAGUUCAAAGCCAGCCUCAGUAACUUAGCUAGGCCCUAACAACUCAGUGAGACCCUGUCUCUAAAGAAAAUACAAAAAGGGCUGAGGAUGUGGCUCAGUAGUUAAGUGCUCCUGAGUUCAAUCCCAGUUACUGAAUUCAGGCAAAGACAUCUUGAAGAGAAAGCCUUCCCUGUAACAAAGCAAUUAUCAAGGCCCCAAACAAGGACAGUGAGAGAAUAGAGGAGAGAAGGAUUGAGGUCAGGGAGAGCCGAUGAUAAGCAGGGGAAAGAGGGAUUUCAUUUGGCCCUGGGGAAGGGCUCUAGCAUACCCAGAAUGUUUCCUUGACCUCUUUCUUGCCCUGGGGUUAGGAAGGGCAGGAGGAGUGGGCGGGGGAUCUGGGCCCUGCGGGGAGGUGGAGAAAUCAGGCAUGGAAUAGGGGAGAAGGUGGGGUCAUGACACAUAUCUCUGUGUUACUUUGAGACCUGGAUUUGGAUUGAUGUCACUGCAGUCAUUACUCUUGCCAGGAGUUCCCUGGGGUGGGAGCCAGAGUAAAGGAGGUGAUGCUAAAGGUUUGGGUUGGGCACUCCAGGAAGGGUGGAGUGGAAAACCCGGCACCCAUGGAGUCCUGUUUACACUUCAGCAGAACCUGGGCAGAGGGGAAAGAAAAGCACUGGAUGUGGGAGGAGAUCCUUUCUGUCCACUGAAACCAGGCUGAGGAUCCUACCAACCCCACCAACAGGACAAGGUACUGCCAACCGCUGAGCGCCCUCCCUGCGCCGGGCAGACUGUGCCGGGCACUUCACCUUCAUUGGCCCCACAAAACAUCACACGUGGUUCUGGGUCAGUUUUCAUUUCACAGAUGAAGAAAUGGGAGCUCGGAGACUUUGAGAAAUGUGUCUAAGUUUAAACAGCUAGUGAGAGUUUUGAAACCCUCCCUGCAGAAGGGUUGACCGGGUUCUAUACCCACUGGACCCUUACACACCUCCAGGGACACUGUUUGAAAGACUGAAUAAGAGCUCCCCUCUCCCACCAGGAAUAUGCUCCUCCUCAUUCUCACGAGAAAAUGAAGGUUUUUCUCUUUGGAGUUGAUCCCUGGCGUAGUGGAAGGCUGGAGGGAGCUGAUGUUCUGAAGCUCUGAGAGACUAAGGCAGGCUUCAUGCUAAGUGAGGACCCAGUGUCCUUCCCUAAUUUGGCUACCAGAAUGAGGACAGACAGAUGCCUGUCAAGACAGGACCCUGGAGCUUCUGCCUGUAGGGAAACUACUCUAUCCUAGAAAAAAGGCUGACAGAUGUUGGGAAUCCUCCAGCCUAAAAGCUGGGCAUCUACCUUAUUUUCCACCUGAAGUGAAGGUGAAGCCCGCCAUGCAGUGAAUCUCUUCCACUCACUAGAGUAUCACAUCAUCCGGUUAUAACAUCACUCCUGAUCAUGAACAGCCAUCAAUGACCACUGUCCAUUUGAGGAAACAAAUAAACAAGAGAGUAGAUAGAGGCCUUUUCAGAAUGAAAGGGCUCAACAUUUUUAUCAUCCUUGCAUUUUUAUCAGAAAGCAACUGGAAGACAGGCUAAGAGAUUAAAUCUAGAGAAAGGAAAACAUGGAUGCUAAGAAAGAAGGAAUCUGACUCUAAAGAAAGGGGAAGAGAAUUCCCAGAUGUGCAUGUGCGGCAGGGUUAGAAAGCAACUCAGACAGGUCAGAGGAGGAAUCCAGGAAGGGUAAAUCCAAGAAAAACAAGAAGCCAAUUGACCCACACCCAUUGAGAGGGGACUCUGCUUCCUUUGGAUAGCUUCGGGUGAACUAGUGAUGAAUAUACAGAAGACAAUGAAUCUAGAGAAAAAGAAACUUGUAUCAGAGAAGGGAAGUAACCACAGUACACUACAUGGCUCAGCUGUGAAUAAUAUUUCCAUAGAGAGUAUUAUACAUAUAGAAAUACUGUGAUAUCACUUUUUUUCAGGAAAUAGGAGAGAUGAUGUAUAUGUGUGAGACACAGGUCUAAGAAACCUGAGUUCCCAUCUUUCAGCAGAGAGAAAGUAUCCCAAAUAAAGCUGGAAAAUGAUAAACAGCUGCAGAGCAUGUUAUUUAGCAAUAGGAGGUAAAUACCAGAAACAGCAGCAAGAAGAAUGGAUAGAGAUUGUCUCUAGAUAGAAGUUGGGUGUGGCAGAAGGAAGUGGGGAUUUCUGUGUUCCUUCUAAAACCUGUUUAACUGUCUGUGAAUGUGUGUUGCUGAAAUAAAAUUUAAAAAAUUAAGUUAAAUUACAUUUUAAAAUUCAAAGUAGU